CUAUGAACGCAUGCGAUGACAGAUGCGACAAGUUGACCUCCUCAGUUUCUUUCCAGCCCCAUAAUUCCUGUCUACGUUUUCAAUUCGAGGUCACCUUCGCAGUUACAGCUGCAAACUCUUAUUGGUUAUCUGAUCAUGUUUAGCACUAGAGAUAUUAGCGAGGGAGAGUUUUACAGAGAGUUUUAGGAUUGCGGACCGUGCGGCAAAAUGGGCUCAUGUCUUUCGUCACCGGAGCAGGGAAAGCAUCAAUUAGUUAGUAAAGCUAGUGCUGUUCCAGAGCCCGGAGGCGAGGUCACUGUCAAGGCGUACACGACGGGCUCCGCAGCAGUCGGGCAUGGGCUGACAGCAUCGACCAAGUCCCAGCCUUUCCCUGUGCCGGGGGGCGUCCUGUACACCGGCAAUGGCAGCCGUGCUUCGCCAGAAGCUCGUGUGCACCAAGCAGCGGCUCCUCAGCAGGGAGGUGCUGCCGAGGACGCGCCCGCACUUUCUUCAGCGGUGCCGAACGCUGCAAUGGAAGGGCCUCCCUCCACAGGCUCUCUCAAACCGCACUGUGCCCAGGCAUCGCCAUCAGCGGACGCCCCAGAUCCUAACACAGCAGGCGCAGCCUCUUCCUUCCCGCGCGUGGCGUCCUCAUCCCGCCGCCAGGGACCAAACGUGCCGCGGCAGCGCGGCUCAAGCACCUUACGGCGUGGCGGCGGCGCCGCCAGCCGUCGCAGUCCAAACGCGGGCACAGGUGACGGAGUAGCCCUGCCGCUGACGGCGGCGCAGAUGAGCGAUGCCGUGGAGGACAUAGCGGGCGCGCUUCCUCCUCCUCCAAUAGUCUUGGACAGUGCUGCCGGAGACAGCGCAUCUUCAACGCCCACGGUGCGCAGCCGCAAUGCCAGCUACACAGUGGGAGCGGCUGAAGGCGCGGCGGCCGGCGGCCCGAAGCCGCCGCUGGGAAGCGGCCUGUCGCGGCUCGGGUUCGGGGGCCCGACGGCGGCCACGGCGGCUGCAGCGGCGCUGAGUGACACCGGCCCGGGGUCGGGAACGGGGAUGGGGUCAGGGGCGGCCGUGGAGGCAGGGCUCGGUAGCGGCGCCGCCAGCACCAGGGACGCCGGAGGCAACCGCGGCGGUGGGCCCGAGGGCGCGUCUGGCGGCGAGGAGAGUGACGCGGUGUCGGACCUAGCUGGCGCACGGCAGUACCGGCUGGGCGAUCGCAUCAGCGGCCGCGGCCCACCACCUGCCGACACGCCGCUGCCGACCAGCACCAGCGCGCCGCUACCGCCGAAUGGCGGGCCGGCCCCAGGACUGCCGCUGUCAACAUCCAUGCCGCAUGGGCCCCGAGCGCCCGGGCUGCUGCAGCCUGUCUCAUCGGGGGCUCCGCCGCUGCCGCCAAUGCAGCGCGACGCCUCCGCGUUUCGCUUCGACCCGGCACUCCUGGCCUCCCUGCGCCUGGCGCCCUCGGCCUCGGUCACAAACAGCAUCACACACGUGGACGGCAUCGGCCAGCCCGCCGAGCCGGGCGCGGCCGCUCCUGCUGACCACCCCAGGCCCGGCGCUGCACACCACCUGUCCUUCACGCAACACGCCGGCCGGCCCCAGGGCCAUCCCAGCGGCGCCGUGACUUGCAGCGAGGACACGGACACGGACGGCCGGCCCUCUGGGUCGGGGCCGUCCUACACAGGCCCGGCUGGCGCCGGGCCGCGCAAGGCCAGCUUCACCAGCCACCCGCAGCCGGGGCCCAACUCGGGGCGGCGGCGUGGCGUGGAGGGGCCGCAGGCGCGGCCGGGCAGCGGCGCUCAUCCGCUGGAGGCGGUGGCGACGGCCGCCGCCAACCAGGUGGCGGCGCUGCUGCAGCACCCGCUGCCGUCCAUACCCAGCGGCGGGCUGGCGCCUGGCGCGGAGGACCCCGGCAUCCAGACGCUGCUGUCGCUGGGGCUGGUGAACGCGGCUGCCUACCGCAGGGCACGGCAGCGCGCCUCAGAGGCCGGCGGCCCUGGCGCAGGCAACGCGGGGCCCGGCGGCGGCACCGGUAGUGGCGGCGGGGGCGGCGGGGGCACGGGCAGUGGGCCGCAGCACUUUGCGUACCAGCAGCAGGCGAUGGCGCAGAUGCAGGGCGGCUCGCCGCGCUCUGGCGUGCCGGGGCGCAAGAUGCGGCGCAGUUCGUGUACAGAAGCGUAUGGGCCGUAUGCGCACCCGCAGGGCUAUGGCUAUGGUGGCCCCCAGAGCAGGCAGCUGCAGCUCCUCGGCACCAUGCCUCGGGCGGAGGGGGGCAACAGCCCCGGCGCCAGGUCGCACCUGAAUGCGGAUGCCGCGUUCGGCAUGGUCCGGCGGACGGCUAGCGUGGCAGUCCCCAAGGAUGCGCAGGCGUCAAUUACAGCAGCGGCAGCAGCAGCAGCAGCGGCUGUGGCGGCGGCGGCGGACGCACAGGGCGGAGGUGGCAACUCGAGCAGGGGCCAGCAGCGGCGGACGUCUUACGGCUGGGCGGGAUAGUGUCUGGCGGACUGGCGCCCCCUGGUGUUGGGGGUACUGCACGUGGGUACUUGGGGGCUGAGGCAUGGCUCUAGUGUGUUUGUAUAGGCCAGGCAGUCGUGUAGGGGUUGCAGGUUGAGGAUGAUGACUUGUUCGGUGUGGCCAGCGGUGUCCUUUGGGGUUGCGCAGUGCACGUGUGGAUGUGUACAUGAGCCCGAGGUGACUUGCAUGUCAUAAACCCGGCUGCUGUAGAGCUCUUGCAUCUCAAACUGACGACAUUGCUGACCAUGUUUUGUAUAUAAAGCUGGAGAGAUCGUUACACAAUGUGCAUGUGUUGCUGACUGCGGAGGCAUAUCAGCAGUGGCAGAUACUGAGGGUUGACACUCGUGCCGCAGCACCGUCGGCACUGAAUUUAAUGCUUUGCGGUGGCAGCGUAGUAGAGAAGCAUUGCCGCCGAUUGGCCCGCAUGCAGUAUAAUUCAACAAUGGCACGGAGAAACAGUAGAGUGCACGUGUGCUCGGGAAGUUAGGUGAAGCCGUGUGGCACUCAGGCUGGACCGCCAUGCGCAAGGAGGGGUGCCACUCAGGUGUACAGGCGCCGAUGGCCUGACCCGUCACACUAGCUAGGCUGUACAAGCGAAUUCCGUGUAGUGGGUAGCUGCCAUGCACCGUCCUGGGCGGUUGUCUCUUCGGGGUGCGCGUGCGCAAAUUCGUUCCGCGUCACCGGUGGGCUGCCGCUGUGGUAUGAGCACCCUUGUAGAAAUGUAACGCGGGUUGACUAAGCCCUGCUGUCCACCACUCCACCAGCCCACAGGAAAGGUGCCGCCAUGUCGUUCUGACAUCAGAACCUUGCCAGAUCUGCUGGUAAGGUGGAGGUGCAUGCACGCUUGCGCGGUAGGCUGGCGGGCUAUGUAAGGGUUCUGGUACGGCAGUCUGGCGGACCACAGACCGCACGGGUUGCCGACUUGCGGCCAUGCAGGCAUGCACGUUCGCCUGGGGCUGCACGUGUGACAUGUGCGUGCACGUGAGAGCGGCACCUACCGACGCCCUAUAGAUUCGCAUGUGGGCUGUACGGCAAUGACUGUGCAUCCACUUAACAUCU